AUGCGUCUAGCCAUAUUUAUUUUUAUUUUAUUUGUAAUUAUUUUUGAGGAGAGUUUGGGAGAUGAGCAAAAACAACGACCUCCCUCAGCCUACACAAGCCUAACUUCACUCGGAGAAAAAAAAUUUGAACGUCAACCAAGUGAAAGUGAAACAAACACUGGAUAUAUACUUACAAAUUUAUUAAAAAAUUUAAAACAAUUUUUAAGCCUUAACAAGCCUUCAGUUUAUAAUGAGGAAAAGCCGAAUGAUAAGAAAAGACGCCAUAAAAUAGAGAAAGAAUUGGGGAAACCAACAUCGGAAGAAAAUUGA